AUGGCCUUUUCCAGGUUCAUUGUACUACUCUCGCUACUGUCAUUCGCUAUCUUUGCAUAUGCUGCUCCCUCGUCCUACUCAGUAACCUCAUUAGAGAAGCGAGCGAAGACGGUGAAAUUCGAAGUUGACCUAACAUGGGAGGACUACUCGCCCAUCGGGGGCACACCCAAGAAGAUGAUCCUCGUCAAUGGGACCUUCCCCGGCCCAGCAUUGGAGGCCACCGUCGGUGAUGAGGUGGAAUUCCUGGUUCACAACCAUCUCCCUGACCCUACGACAGUCCACUUCCAUGGUAUCGUGCAGCAAGGCACUCCAUGGUCUGAUGGCGUUCCGGGUCUCAGCCAAAGACCUAUUGCUCCUGGCGCCUCAUACCUCUACAAGUGGACGGCCGACGCUUCAGGCGUGUACUUCUAUCAUGCCCACUACCGCUCCCAGAUGAUGGAUGGUCUCUAUGGAGCGAUCAUCAUCAAAGCGGCCGCGAAUGCGCCGAAGCCGUUUACUCUGAUCAGCAACGAUACCUCUGCCGUCGCCGCCAUGGCCGCCGCUGAGGAGUCUCAGGAGGUUAUCUUCGUCUCCGACUAUGUCAAGUACACUUCAGCCGAGUUUCACGAGCAAGAAGCGGCCGCCAACGUUGACAUUGCCUGCGCUGACGCCAUUAUUCUCAAUGGCAAGGGCUCGCAAUACUGCUUGAGCAGAGGCGAGUUGACUGCCUACACCUCCCCCAAGGUCGCUCCCCUGCUCGCCACCGUCAGCCCCUCGGAACUCACCAACAAGGGCUGCUUGCCUCCCAACCUAGUGCCCACCCAAGGAAACUUCACCUUCAAGAUUGACGCUCUGCCGCCUGAUGCAUACUUCGAGUGCACCCCAUCCACUGGCGAGAUGGCCACUUUCGACGUCGACCCCGCCAAGGGCUGGGCCGCCUUCACCUUCAUCAACCCAGGCGGCUUUGAGCUGCUCAAGUUUACCAUUGACGGCCACAAGAUGUGGGUGUAUGCCGUUGACGGAGGCUACGUGGUGCCCCAGCUCGUCGACCAGGUCAUCAUCAACAAUGGCGACCGUUACUCAGUGCUCGUCCAGCUCAACCAGCCUGCAGCCCAGUACGCGAUUCGUGUUGCCAACAACGGCCUCAACCAAGUCAUCAGUGGAUUCGGUGUCCUCAACUACAAGGGCUCGUUCGGCCCCGCGACACAGGACCCCAAUGCCCUGUCCAAGAUGAACUUUGCCGGCGCCAACCUCACGCUGCUUGUUCCCUUCAACGACGCCAAGGCCGCACCGUAUCCGCCAAACCCACCGGCCGCGAAGGCCGACAUCACGUACCAGUUUAACAUCAAGAAGCUCGGCCAGCCGUUCGGCGCCUACCAGUGGACACUUAGCGGCGUGGACGGGUUCAACGCCACCAUGGAGGACGUCGAGCCCCUUCUCGACCAGGACCCAUCCAAGUUGGCCCCCAGCGACUUGGUCCUGACCACCAAGAUGGGCCAAUGGGUCGAUCUGAUCAUUAAGACUCAGGGGCCACUUGCCCAGCCUCACCCGAUGCACAAGCACAGCAACAAGGCCUACGUUCUCGGCAAGGGCGUCGGACCGUUCAACUGGACCACGGUCGCCGAGGCUGCUGCUGUCCUGCCAAACACCACCUUCAACUUUAAGAACCCGCCUCUACGCGAUGGGUACACUACUCAGCCAGCCGAGACCAACAGUACCUGGAUGGCUCUGCGCUACGAAGUCGUCAACCCCGGCGCAUUCCUGUUCCACUGCCACGUCCAGACGCACAUGGCCGGUGGCAUGGCAAUCGCCUUGCUCGACGGCGUCGAUGAAUGGCCAGAGGUCCCCGAAGAGUACGCCAGCGGCAACGGCCUUGGAAAGCUCCAAAAGAAGGGCAGGUUACAGGCUAAGGCAUCCUAG